AUGUUGAGGAAAGUGCGCGAAGAGCUUGCAUACGAUCAAGCGCUGUUCGCACUGCAGGCUUGGCAGAGCGGGUCCCGCUGGUGGCAGCGCGCUUCUGCAACGCCUUUUACGGAGUGUUCGCGGUGGCCCGGCGGGGGAACGUCGCACGCUGGGCAAGCCGCCGUCAAAGUCCGCAAAAGACAGAGAAUCUCUGUGCCAAAGUGGCAAUGUGCAGCAAAGCGCUCCGUUGAACACGUUUGUCGUGAGUGUGGCCACACGGAGGCCCGGCGCUACGGGCGUUGUCCGUGCUGCCAGAGCUGGGACAGCAUGGUGGAACAGCCUCGCAGGCGGCGUGAAGCUGGCGGUUUACAACGCCCACGCGACGAUUUCGCCAACCAAAGAAGACACAAGCUCUGGAGCGGUGAUGCAAAUCUUUGGUCUGGUGACAGCGACCAGCUCAAUGACUGGUUGCAGGGCGCGGGCACCGCGCCGUUGCCACUUGGUAUCCUACGGCGCGGGCUAGGUCCAGGAACUGAACACAAGGUUGCGAAGGCGUCCGCAUUGGACGGCAGUUCGAGCGGUAAUGCAUCGGGGAAGCUUCCGCACGCUGCAUCCAUGGAAUCUAACAGAGCGCAACCAGUUGAGGUUCACAGGUUACUGACCUGCUCGGCCGAGUUUAAUCGAGUGACUGGCGGAGGCAUUGUUCCUGGUUCACUGCUCCUGAUCGGCGGGGAGCCCGGCAACGGAAAGAGCACUCUUCUGUUGCAGAUUGCAGGUGAUGUGGCCAGCAGCGGCUGCCGCGUCCUCUAUGUUUCUGCGGAGGAAUCUGUAGAACAGGUAAGUUCGCGUGCCGCCCGUUUGUUUGGACUCAUGGAACCCCGUCAAGAGGAAUCGACGGAAAGGCGUCAAAGCCUCGAGAGAAAUCUUCUCAUCAUGCACGAGGCCUGCUUGGAGGAUAUUCUCGACAUUGUUGAAGAGAUCCAGGCGGGGCGAGAAAACGCUCCACCAAACAGCGCUCCAAGAGCGACAACGGCGAGCGCAUCGACAACACCUACGGCGACUGUGCCCAGCACAGGUGCUCCGUCGAAAGCAGUCGGCGCUGGACGCAAAGACGCCUCCACGGUGGACAACACUGAUGCCCAGUCGCCGCUGGGGUUGCUCAUUAUCGAUUCCAUUCAGACUGUGUAUACGCAGGAGAAUGAGCAAGAAUCAGCAGCCCCGGGCAGUAUCGUGCAGGUGCGGCACUGCACGAACCGUCUGCUUGGACUCGCAAAGCGGCAACAACAACGGCUAAGAGAGCCGUGGCAGCGCACUGCGAUUAUGCUGAUUGGUCACGUCACCAAAUCAGGUGACUUGGCUGGACCCAAACUGCUCGAGCACAUGGUCGACGUGGUCCUCUACCUCGAAUCUGAGCAGGGUCUCUUCCAGCAUCGCAUUCUGCGCUGUACAAAAAACCGCUUCGGACCGACGGAUAUCGGCAUCUUUGAUCUCACCUCACGGGGUCUCGUAGAUGUUCCGAAUCCAAGCCUGCUGUACUUCCAGGCUGCCGAGUCGAGUCUGAUGCAUGACAGUGAUGGAGCCGCGAAAGCGCCGAACAACCCAUUCCACACCUACGCCCGUGAAUCCACUGACGGCACCGCAUUCUCCAUGGUCGUCGAUGGAACCCGCGCUUUCCUCGUCGAAAUCCAGGCCUUGGUUGCAAAGACCUCGCUCACCCAGCCCCGUCGGACGAGCAACGGUUUCGAUCUUUCUCGUCUUUACGUUAUUCUGGCGGUUUUAUCAAAACGAGCUCGACUGCGACUCGAGACACACGAUGUCUAUAUGAACGUGGUAGGUGGAGCCCGCAUCCAAGACCCCGCUGCAGAUAUGGCGGCAGCGGUGGCACUUGCAUCCUCAUUACUCGCGAGGGCGCCUCGGCCGGAUACAGCAUUCAUUGGAGAGCUCGGCCUGCAGGGUGAAGUUCGCCCGGUACCCCGUCUCGACCUGCGUCUACGGGAUAUCGCGCGACUCGGAUUCCGCUUCUGUGUUUGCAGCGAUCGUUUGAGUUCAAGACAGGAGACUGCUGCUCGGGAGACGGGCCUCCAAGUCAUUCGAUGCCGUACUAUUUCCCAGGUGCUGCAAUUCGGCAUUCCCGAAGAGAUAGCACCCACGGAGCAGCACUGA